AUGGAUCUCCUAUCAAUCAAUUCCGAGGAUUGGGAUUUCAGGUCUUCGUCAGACGCAGAGCCAGACCUUCUGGGCUAUCUCCUCGGCCCAAAAUCAGAGGCAUUCGCCAAACUCUACAAAAAAUACGGAUACAACCCCUCUACGCGGGUCAAGGAUUCCCCACUUGUCGAUGAUUGUUGCAACGGCUCCCUCAGAAAUCCCGAGGGCGCUAUUCUCGAAGCUUACUUCGACACCUCCUGCGCCGAUUCCGCACGUGAAUAUAUCGUCUCCGCCAUCCAGCGCCAACAAAUCUUCAUUGACAAAAUGGUCCGCUACCUGUGGAUCUGCAGUCCCGCCGUUCAUGGGACUCUGAGUCGAGCGAUUGACCGCUAUGAUCACUUUCUACAGCUGUUCAAACUACACCCGGGUACGCUGCUCGUGCCAACGCUCGACAUCGAUCUUGUGUGGCACACGCAUCAAUGUUCCGCAAGCGUGUAUGAAGAAGCAAUGAACGUUCGGGCAGGGCAAUUCAUCAAUCAUGACGAUAUGAUAAAACCGACUGUGCUGGAAACACAGUCAGAUCGGACUUCGGUGUUGUUUCGACAGCAUUUCGGCAUGGAGUAUAUAGUCUGCCUCUGUUGGGAAUGCCAGGCCCUGCAAUCGGCAGUUGAUACCCUGGAAGAUGAGGAUAUCGAAGAAGCGGAUUUCAGUUCCCUUGCAAAGAGUGUCCUUAUUGAUCUGUUGCACUGUCGGGAUGUCGAAAUCAAUCGGCGGAAGGGGAUAUCGAAGUAG